AUGACAACCGGUUAUAUAUCAAUCAUCACUUCACUUUUCAUGAAUAUAAAAAGAAGAUGUGAUCUGUCUAAUGUAGUCUUCUUCAAAGGAACAGGUAUUAGUUACCACACAUUUUUUAAAAGUAUUAACCGUUCAGUAGAAUUAAAUUCUUCAUCUAGACCAACAACUAUAUCUCCUCCUCCUCGUCACCAUCAUCAUAAUCAUCAACAACAUACCUCACAAUGUCAUCACACCUCAUCAUCAUCAUCAAGAAGAAAGGUUGUUCAAGGGAAAAGUACAAAGAAGCAUCUUCAUCAUAUGCAUGAUGCCAAUUAUGAAUAUGUACCAGUUGUCAAACAACAACCGCACCAAUCAGUACCACUUCUAUCAAACUAUUUACAAUCAAUGAUCAUUACAAAGUUUCAAUAUGAACUUGUGAUUGAUGGUGGAUGGCAUUAUGAUAGACGACAAGCAAUCGACUUGGCUUUUGUUUUAUGUGUUGGAGAGUUUGCAAUGUUUGGUGAUACCGGUAUGAUGAAUGAUGAACCAAACAACUUGUCUCAAUUGGUCAAUCAAAUGAAACAUCUCUCUCAUGUUACUGUCACUGGUACAUUAAAACAAUUAAUCACUCAUCAACCUUUAAUCAUUUCUCUAUUCAACAAUAAUAAUCAAAAUAAUAACAAUAGUAAUAAUCAUAAUCAAAAUAAUAAUAUUAAAUUAGAUUGUAAUAUUAAAAGAUAUCAUUUUAUUCAUAAUCCAUUAUGGAUCAGCUCUAGUCAAGAUGGUGUGAAUGAUCAACCAUCAUUAUUGGAGGAGAUUGAAAAUGCAAAUCAGUUGGCCAUUAAAGUAAAUACAAUAUUUAUCAAAGAUGCAAGGGAUAUGGAAUUGGAAAAAAAGAUAUUAGAGAUGUAUAGACCUCGAAAAGUUGUGAUAUCAUUCUCUAGAGAAGGUCACUUUUCAUACGCGUCUAUUCUCGGAUUAGACUUUAUCGAAAACUUAUUCAUCGUCGAUGACUAUGUUGAACUUAAAGACAUGAAUGUAGCACUUGGUCAAUCACAAUCGACAACAACAAGUAUGCUCAAGAAACUAAAUGUCAAAUUACCAACACAUUUCUAUAGUUUUGAAAUUAGUAAAACUAGAAGAGACAAGAUGCGUGAUAACCCAUGUAGUUAUAAAUUCCCAAUCCCACGCUACACACCCGAUUAUGACCCACAGGCAACAAUGGAGUUAUUUGUCAACCUUUUAACCAAUAAUACUACUAUUACCGACUUGACUAUCAACAAUAUCUGUACAAAGGAUCAUUCACAGGCACCAUUCUUUAGACAUUGUAAAGCACUGGUUGAUUGCUUGGCAAUGUUGUUGGUCCGAAAUCACACUUUAAAACAUCUUGAAUUGCGUGGUAUCGAUUGCUUGGACACACGAUUCUUUGAAUCAAUUGCAACUUGUACAUUACACUCUCUUUCCUUUUACUCUCCUAUUGCCAACCAACACUGUAUCGAUCGUUUGUGUCACUCUAUCAACACCAAUCGAUCACUUUGUAGAUUUGACAUUAAUUUUUCUGCAUUCCAAGGUGACAAUGAAGAAAGUCUAGCUAAAAUCAUCAAUCAACUUCAAACUACUAUUCCAACCAAAACAAUGGUAAUUAAUAUUUAUAAUGGUAAAGAAUAUAUUAGAUUCUAA